CGUUUGGUUCAAGGAGGGGGACACGGCGAACACGAUUAGGAGGGAGCGUAAUCGGCUACACUGAGACAAGAUACGAUGUACUUGACUACAGGACCAGCGGGAGGGGGAGGACACGGCAUCGCGAGCGGACAACAAGUUGGCGGGGGACAGGCGUAUGCGAACACAAACGGAUAUGCGGGUGGAGGAGGUCGGAUGGGAGGAGGGAACAAUGCAUAUUAUAACUGUGGAAAAAUCGACCACAUGGCACGUGACUGUUGGUCGAUACAAGGGAGGAAUCCGGGGGGACCACAGGGAGACCCGGAACUAGAAGAGAUUGAGGAGAAGUUUCAGAUAGCUCGGAAAGAGAGAAUGGAACAGGAGGAGAAAAAGAAGAGGGAGGAAGAKAAGAGAAUUAGAGAAGAAGAGGAAACGAAGAGAAACAUGGACUUUGCCAGGAAAGCGGAGGAGUUCAAGCUACAACUCCGGGCGGAACUACUGGAAGAAUGGAGAAAGAACCACGGGGAAGCGGAGAAGGCUACCRAGAAGAGUGGGAAAACGGUGAAGAAGGCGAAGAAAAAGAAGAAGAAGUAUGCAACGGAACACGGCGGACUGAAGAGACGGAGGGCUCGAAGGAGCAAGAGGCGGAUAGACUCAAGUGAAGAAUCAAACACAUCGAGCUCUACUGAAGACAGCAUGUCCGAGGAAGCAUCAACAUAUUCCGGAUCUGAUGGGAAGCACGCUCGCAGUAAGGUACACGGUAGACGAAGUACGGGCUACGCCAAGAGCAAGACGAAAGUUAAGAAUACCAAAGGGAAGGGAAGGGUAAAUGAGGUAUACACACCAGUAGGAGUGUACGAGAAAGGGGAGAGUUCGAAGGCGAGAAAAGAAGCACAGGUGGAAGGAGAUGAGACUUUGCUGACGAGAUCCGUGGAGGGGGACGAGCCGAAGACUCCAUUGACCGGAGAAUACAAAGAACUUGCGGCAGGAUGUUCCCAGAAGGGGCUGAUUGAAUACUGCAUAUCAGCACAGAAGAUGUUUUCGGCAAAGAAGGCGGAUACAUUGACGAAAAUUUGUGAACAGAGAGGGAUCAAAUAUACGAAGAAACCAGAGAUCGUCGAGAUUCUCACAAGACACCAGGUACAACUAGCUUACGAUGACUUUGAAGAGACACAAGGCAACACCAAGGACACAACGAAGAACAAGGUUUCAGGAUCUCCAAGGAAGGAGUUUGUGAAAGAUAGGACUACGAUGGAAAAAACGACCAAGAGACAAGAGUUGACCAUCAUCCGCUCGGCGCCAGUGCAGCCAACGGAGGACUUAGAUUGAAUCGUAAGAGAACCGACUAAGGCAGAACUGUGGGACGUACUGAGUAGAUGGCUAGAACAG